ACAGCCGGGCCGGGCUGGGCCGGGCCUGGCGGCGCGGUGAGACCGUGCGGCGCGGAGGCCCGGCACGGAGGGGAGAGGGGCGCAAGCUACACACCCAGCAGCAGCCCGUCCAUGUCAAAGAUCAGGGCUUGUGGAGUCUCCUUCACUGGAGAUACUCAAGAACGGUCUGAAUGCAAUCCUGUGUCGUGUGCUCUGGGAUGACCCUGCUCGAGUGGGCAGCUUGGACCAGAUGACCCACUGUGGUUCCUUCCAACCUUACCCGUUCUGUGGUUCUUAGGUCCCCUGGCGCUACUGGCGAGUGAGACCGGGGAGUUCCUCCCAAAUUGACGCUUCAAACAGCGUUGUCUCACAAACCUUUUGCGUGUCUGUAAUGAGAUUUACAGGGAUGAUAUUACCACCAGGUGAUAAUUGGAGACAUAAACAGAAAGGCACAAAUCUAUGUAAAGCUGUGAGGGAAGAGUAAAGUAAUGGGGAAAAAAAAACCCCAAACUGUGAGGUAACUCUCCAUUAGGCAUCAAGAUCACUGAAAUACCAGUUGCAGAAGCAGACAUGAAAAGAGCUGUAUCAAGCUCCCAAGGUGACAUACUGGCUUGAAGAUUUGUACAGCUUUGCUGUUCCAUGUGAAGGCAGUGGUUAGUUGAAGCUUCUCAUAGGGGAAGUCCUGUCUCAUUUGUAGGGUGCUCUCCAGGUGGAUUUUGGUAAGUGCAGACCUGUGUUAAAGCCUGUCAGACCAGCAGCCGAGGCUGCUUUAACAUGAGGAGAGCCAGUCGCCAAUAGGGAGCAGUGUGUACUGCUGGCAGGUGGAAGAGCCUCUGCUGUGUGGAGGGAAGUCAUGGAGGAGACAAACAGAGAGACGCAGCAGCAUCCAGAGUAGUGAUUAAUGCUGGAGUGGCAGUGAGAAUAGCAGUACCUGGGCAAGCAGAAUUGGAGGAGUCGAGCCACUGCAUCCAGAAGGUAUUCAGCCUGAGUUUAGAUCAUGGCACAUUAGUAUGGGAUUCUUCAGUAGGAAGGGAUUUGGAAUGGGGUAGGGCAUGGUUUAAUAAAAUAAGGAUUGGAGAAGAGUUUGUGUGAUGGAUUUUUGAUUCUAUGAGCAGAAAUUUGGGGAUGAAAUAAAUGAAUGACGUAAAAUUAGUUGAGAAUGAGAGGAGGAAGACAGGACAUUGGAGAUGGCUUUUUAAGAAGUACUUAACAAGAAUUGUGUCUAUGGCACUCUGGACUGUGAACACACAAGAUUGAACUGCUUCAGGAAGAAGAUGGGACCCCUUUUACUUCUAAUAAUUUGUCAGUGUGCCAUAAACAGUGUCAAAACACACAGUGCUUCAAAUCCCAAUAUCAUUUUGCUGAUGGCUGAUGAUCUUGGUAUUGGAGAUGUGGGAUGUUAUGGGAACAAAACCUUAAGAACUCCUAAUAUUGACAGGCUAGCAGAGGAAGGAGUGACACUUACUCAGCAUAUAGCAGCAGCCCCACUUUGUACUCCAAGCAGGGCAGCUUUCCUGACAGGGAGAUAUCCUAUAAGAUCAGGAAUGGCUGCCUUCUCACGAGUUGGUGUCUUCUUAUUUUCUGCCUCUUCUGGGGGACUUCCUUCUGAAGAAAUAACUUUUUCCAAACUCCUGAAACAGAAAGGUUAUGCAACCGCUCUAAUAGGAAAGUGGCAUCUUGGGAUGAACUGUGAAAGCAGUAAUGACUUCUGUCACCACCCCCUCAGUCAUGGAUUUGAUUACUUUUAUGGGCUUACUGUGACCAAUUUUAGAGACUGCAAACCUGGCCAAGGCAGCGUAUUUUUAAAAGGGGUUCAGAAAGCCCUUAUCGUCCCAAUCCAAAUUGCUGGAAUCACCCUUGUCUCUUUGGCGAUAGCGCGGUACAUUGGCCUCCUCAAUGUACCUUUCCAAGCAUUCUGUUACUGCUUGUUAAUAAUCACAAUUUCACUUGUGGUUUUGAUAUUUUUCUUCUAUCAUUUUCGACACUUAAACUGCUUCUUAAUGAGGAAUCAUCAGAUUAUCCAGCAGCCACUGUCCUAUGAGAACCUUACUCAGAGGCUGACAAAGGAAGCCAUGCAGUUUAUUGGAAGGCACACUGAUGCACCAUUUCUUCUCGUCUUGUCUUAUCUUCAUGUCCACACUGCUCUGUAUGCUUCAGAAAAUUUCAGAGGAAAGAGCAAGCAUGGCUUAUAUGGUGAUGCAGUGGAGGAAAUGGACUGGAGUGUGGGACAAGUUCUGGAUGUGCUGGAAAAACAUAAUCUGAGUGACAAAACUCUUGUAUACUUUACAUCUGACCAAGGGGCACAUGUUGAAGAAAUUUCUAGUGCUGGAGAAGUCCAUGGAGGAUACAAUGGCAUAUAUAAAGGUGGAAAAUCAACAAACUGGGAAGGAGGUAUUCGUGUACCAGGUCUUCUCCGUUGGCCUGGAGUGAUACCGGCUGGUACCUAUAUUGAUGAGCCAACAAGUAACAUGGAUAUAUUUCCUACCGUAGUCAAACUUGCGGAGGCACAGUUACCCUCUGACAGAAUUAUUGAUGGACGUGAUCUGCUGCCCUUACUUCAAGGAAAAGUUACUCGAUCUAAGCAUGAAUUUCUCUUCCAUUACUGUAAUGCAUAUUUAAAUGCAGUGCGCUGGCAUCCAGGAAACAAUGAAUCUGUCUGGAAAGUCUUCUUCUUCACUCCAAACUUCAGUCCUGAGGACUCCAAUGGUUGCUAUGACUCUCAUGUUUGCUUCUGCCAUGGAGGAUUCAUUACACAACAUGAUCCCCCACUGCUCUUCGAUCUGUCCAGAGACCCUGAAGAGAAAGUUCCACUGAAUCCAGAAACUGAGAGCCGUUUCUAUGAAAUCCUCAGGGUCAUUCACCAAGCAGUAGACAAUCACACCAGAUCCUUACAGGCUGUUCCUAACCAGCUGUCAUGGGACAACCUUCUCUGGAAGCCAUGGCUCCAGCUCUGCUGCUCAUCUCUCUUUCAGUCUUGCUAUUGUGACCAUGACUCUGAAGGGAGUCCACUGGAAGUGCAUUCAGGAUAAACAAGCUGCAAUUCGCUGUCAGAAACUGGAAGAGGAGAGUGUGGGUAUUUGACUUGAACCACCAUGGUACUAGCCUUCCAAAGAUUUUGUUGUAUCAAAUGAGGACCUGUCUUCAAAAACGCAUUGCAGUAGAAGAAAAUUUCAGUCAAGAAAAUGUGCCAAGGGAGGACGAGACACUGCUUUCCUGCCUUAUCAUACAGCAUGAAAAACAUGUUCCAUCCUCAUCUACAAAUGAGUAGACUGUAGGCGUUUUCUAUGUGAGAUAAUUUUCUAGACCUUCAACUUCAGCUUUUUUCUUACACAGCAAAGAAUUUACCUGUGGUUUCUGUCAAUCACAACUACUAAAUGCACACUUUCCUGUUCUUUUUGCUAAGUGUUAUCCACCAUUAGUAGGGCAUAGCACUGAGUAGUUAAAAAGAGAGAGAUAAUAGUGGAGAGGUCCACCUGUGACUGUCAUUUGGUAACUGAUAGAUAGGUUAAGAGCAGACUUACAACAUCAUCUGUAUCAACAAGCAUCACAGAUAUGAAAAAAUUAACAGACUACAAACAGUCUAACUUUGUAUGUGCCAUAAAAAUGUACAGAGCUAUGUAGUGGAAGUCAUUGUGUCCAUAUUAAAAUGAUGCUCCCCAGCAUCCCUACUGUCCUAUUGCAUGUCAGCAACUUUUGUUUCAAAAGGAUACUAGUUCAUCAGUUGUGCACUUGAGUGUGUACCAUAAGUCUCCAUCCAUAUAUAUAUAUAUAUAUAUAUAUACAUAUAUAUAUGUGCAAGCCAAAUUGAUAACCCACAAAUCCUUCAAUCCCUGAUACAGACACACCUUUAUGGUCAUAGCCCAAUUGAUAAAAUAAAAGGUUUGGUCCAUACUUGAUAUUUGAGUUUGAAAUACACGAUCCUACAAAUAUAUAUUUCACUAUCUAUUUACCAUACCUAUUCUUCCAUUGAUGAAUGUAAUCACAAAUAAAUAAAAUUUGGUCUUCCUUUAAAUAUCUUUGCCAUCUUUUAAGAUUUCUGAAUAGGAUCUAUCAUUUUCUGAAAAUAAACUUGGGCUUCAGUACUUAAAACCAAAUAUAACAGUUUCUGAGUUCUUAGCAAGGCCUUGGGAAACCUACUGUUCUCCAGGACUAAUUUCUGUGUCCAUUUUUAUCUGAAUCUUAUUCAGGCACAUUUUGUUUCCACUCCACAGGCAGACAAACUGUUUUCUUUGGAAGAUUGUAGAUGAAGAGAACAUAUCAGCAAAAUACUGAAAUGAUUUGAUGCCUGAUAAUAGAAGGAAUAGAAUGGAAUAGAAGGAAUUCUCCUUAUCAGAAAGAAACAGUUAAUUCCCACAUUACAAUGUAUUAAAACCUGUUUGGUGCAAAAGUGAUCUGUGUUGAUAGUAAUGCAAUAGCUUCAGUCAGGCAACGUUAAGGUUGUGACCUGGUUCUUGUGAGCUAUUGAAGCCUGUCCUGUAAAAUAUAUUGUGAUAUAUGGUGUAUUUCUCUGUCUGUAAAACCUAGGCUUUAUUUGAUUUUUCUGCUGCAGUUUCAUUCCAAAUUUCAUUCUCCACAAUAUCCAGAUGCCUGUCCUGGGAAAUGUACUUUUCCUUGAAGUCCUAUUUUUGAUGUUCCACCCUGUGUUUAUGAUGGUAAAUAUGUCCUCUGCAAGCUCUUUGUAGGUGACCAAGUCCCAUGUGUGCUGAUAAAGUUAGUCUGUUCAGAUAUUUCCCUGAUAACCACUCGGGACCAUUUACAUUGCAUCAGGAAAGCUGUAGAUUGGCAUUCAUAUGGUAUAAUU